UACGGUACUCCGUACAGAAUUUUAAACGAGGAGAGGUCACUACUACAGUAGGGUAUGAUGUACAGCUCGUGGAAACUUUGCCGACUGCAGGCUUUUAUGUGAUUCAUCCAAUGCUAUAUACUAGCCUACCUAGGUACCUAUCUACCGCUACCUAGGUAUGUAUGUUCAAUUUAAAUGCCAACUGUACAAUACCUCAACAAAUGGGGAAGGGGGAGGACACCACACACAAUCCCUGAUGGAAUGGUGGGUUGGUCCCGAUCAAAUGUACGUAGACUUGAACCACUGUACACCCGAGCUGGUCAAUAUAUAAUAUUCAAAGCUUGCAUGGCAAAGAUCAACAAAGACAAAACCAAAAGAAAUAGAAAAAAAGACAUAGCAUGCAUGCGAGCACACCUCUUCAAAAUCGUAAACACACACUCCCUCCCCUCGACGCCUUGGUCCUCCUCAUCAUCAGGAGUCGCCGACACCAAUACCAAGACGCAACCCCAAGUCCUUCCUCCACUGGGACAAGAAACAAAAAAGAACAAAAAAGAAAACACGCUCAAUCGGACACAAAUGCAAAAAAGCAGCAGCUCCACACGAGGACUAGUCUCCCGCACGUGUCGCCAACUCAGUUGCGCUCGUCGCUGCUGCUGUAGACAUUUCGUGACCAUACAUAUCAUGACAUUCGUGAACCUCAUCAUCGCUGGUGAUAGAUACUAUGCGAGAGGGAGGCAGAUCACUGGGGGGAAACGUAAGGAACGUCGUCAAUCGGAGAUCGAAAUCGAAUCAAAAGGAAAGGACGGACGCUGAAGGACUUGCGAAGAUAAAUGAAAACAAAAUGAAACCAAUCCCGAAGUUAAAAACAUAACAAAUUGUGAAAACAGGAAAAAAAAGCUGAUAGAUACGGUUUGGUGGAUAAAAUAAUGACGGUCGUCGUUAAUGGCUGA